UCUGUGAAACCACUUGUUCAAGAUCAAUUGGCACUUACGUGUAUGGAUAAAAACUAAUUUGAAGGAUUUUUUUCUCUUCAAGACAUGAUCAAACAAGAUCUUUAGGACUGAAGGAUUGAUGCGCAAAAAGGGCCUGAUUCCGCUUUUACCUUUCAGCAUUGCAACAUGGCACACAUCUCUACCAUAUUUUUAGUCUGUGUAACAGCUUUACUCAGUGGAGCUGCGAGCGUAUCUGAGAUGUGCCGGGGGACGCGCUGUUUCUCUGGCCAGGACUGGAGCAGACCGUGCGUUGGAGCGCACUGCCAGGGGCGCGCGGAGGCAGUGGCGCCCCGACGACAGAUUCACCACUCUGCACAAUCCAGACAAGGACAAGUGUACCCGAGUUAUCAACAGGAUGCUCGUUUCAGUCAUCACCAAGCCCAGAGCGCGCCGUUAGCUCCGUACACCAUCAUCCAACCUCAGCAGGGAGGCUUUAAGCAACUAGCGGGGACUGAUGGCACUAGGAGGACGAACCCGAGAACCAUUACGGCGGAGGUGUUCCAUCCUGGCUGCGCCGGUGGGACCUGUCCGACCACUGUCUCUCAUCGCCCGACCAGCGAUGACGGUGCAACGCGGGAGUGCAAAGGGAUUGGAUGUAAACUUCCCCUACGGAUGCGCCAGAAGCCCAAGCCUUGCGUCGGAGAAGGUUGCGGUACGCAUGGAGGAGACGACGGAAGAGGACACUCGUCACCGGUACAUGUGACAGACAGAGCAGCGCAAUUUCUAGAUGAACUUCCAGACGUUGGGUCGGAACGUGGUGCAUGGAUACAGUUGACAUGUGACAUGAAACCAGGCAACAAUGAGCUUCCCUCGGAGGAUGCUCUUGUGCUGCAGCUGCAGCUGUCUAAAAGCCAGGAGAAGCUGGUUGAGGCCCUCAGGGGCCAGCAGGACGAGGUCAGGGAGCUGCAAAGGCUCCUCAGUGAGCAGCAGGGGACGCUGGUCAACCAGCAGAGAGAAAUACUGGAACAACAGAGGAGGAUGUACGAACAGAUGGAGCAAGUUAAAGCCCAGUACAGCAUAAUGAUGGACAGCAUCAAACAAACAUCUUUCCAGAACCUCCAGGGGGAGCUCGACAGUCAGAUGGAAACCAUGAGCGGGCAGGUUAGAGCCCACCAAGCACAGCAGGCUCUCUCUCUGCAUAAGGUGGACAUGGAGGCAAGCGUGAUGGAGGUGGGGCGCUCCCUGAUGGCCUGUGAGAGCUGCGGUCCUGAGGAGUACUGCAGCUUCAGCAGCGGUCAUCCUCGCUGUGAAAAAUGUACCGUCUGUCCUGCCGGGUUCUUCCUGGUUGCACAGUGUUCAGUCCAUGCAGACAGAAUCUGCCAGGACAGAGAUGAAUGCCUUGAAUUAUCUGAUCUGUGUGGAGAUCCACAGAAUUGUCUCAAUACUCCAGGUGGAUUCAGGUGCCAGAGCAUGACAGAGCGAGACGGUAACUCAGGAAUGUGUGGCCAUGGCUACUUUUUCAACUCGGACAUGGAUGAGUGUCAGGCCUGCAAUGAGUGUGAUGGAGAGCCCGUGGCUUCUCCUUGUACCUUCACUACUGACGCCAUCUGCUCUGGCCCUGCUCCGGCUAGUGACAGUGCGCUCUCUUUGUCCUGGUCCGGAGAUGUGAGUCUGCCUGGCGCAAAAGACAACAUACUGGCUCACGCCUUCCCUAGCGUCCAGCUUCAAAUUCAGGGAAGAGGCGACGCAGGCCUGCUGUCUGCUGAGGAAGGUCGGCUGGUGCUCAGGCAGCAUGGUCUGGUUUGGCUGGAUGAGAAUCUCUCGGUGAGCCAUGGCUGCCGUAGCUUCAUCCAGUUGUGCCUGCGUAUGAACAACACAGAUGGCUCUGAAGGUCGUGACCUCAGUGGCGUAAGGAUCGAGCAGCGGGAGGAAAGGUCGCUCCAGAGCGUCAGCAUCAGUGGGGUAGCAGAAGUCGCCCCAGGUAACAUGAUCUCCAUCUUCCUCCGGAGCACCAGCAAUCACUGUAACCAAAGCAGUGAAGGUCUGCAAAUGUACGACUCUUUAGCAGCUCCACUCAGUCUAUUCUGGCUCUCGCAUGACACCGGGGCUGUUGCCAUGACAGCACAGGCCAUGGUCUCCGCACACUACCAUACAAACUAUCGCCCGGUUUUUCGCACCACCUCCACCUCUGACCCUUACGUAGUGGGGCUGACUCAUGAUGGCCGUGGGAUCCGUUUUGCAGAAAGUGGCACCAUACGUUUUGUAUUUCAGCAGGCGUUGUACUCCAUGGGCCAGGCGUGUGUAAGUGAGGGCUUCCAACUGUUGGCGUACCUCAACCAUAAUGGAACCGGCUUGGAGCUUUGCCGUUCCUUCAAACCAGGCGUCCACUAUCGAGACACAUCCUUAACUCUGUCUGGAGCGGCUAAAGUUGGCUCUGGGGACACACUGGCCUUUGAGAUCCUCUCUCCUGCCCAGUGCAACGUACGUUUCUUUGGAGACGAGACAGGCAUCAGUAUCCUCAGCUUGGUUUGGGUCCCCGCUGCUCUGUCUUCCUCUCUUUCUGCGUCCGUGUCUCACACCGGCCUACCCUCAGGAGCAAUCCGAAACAAGCCACUGUUCUUCCGCCAGACCAGCGCUCAGGUGACUCAGAUGGGGCUGCUGGGGAAGGGAUCCACAGAUCAGAGGCGAGAUUUUGUCUUCAGGGAGAGCGGCACAGCCAGUGUGGCUUUGGAUCUCAAACUCAUUCACUCCUGCAACCUGGUCAAGGUGACUCUUCUAAGACGAAAUGAUCCGCAGGGGUCAGGAGGAGGCCGGGAGGCAGAGGGAGCGCGACCCGUCCCUCUGGCCCAACAGGUGGGUGGUCAGAUGCCGGAGGGAAGCCAUUGGGCCAGUGUUAGCCUGCGGGCGUCCUUCCAGGUUCAUAACGGUACAGCGGUGUUCUUCACACUGGACUGUGUACGCGGACGAGUCAACCAGAUCAGCUACCAAACAGGGAGUGGAGUGUCAAUCCUCUGGGUGGCAGCAUAACAUAAGACAGACAAAAUGUAACCAUUUGUAUGGUUUCCAGUUCAGUAGAUGAUAAGCCAUUUAUAUGAUGGUCGAGUUUGAUUGGUUUGAUCUUAGAGGAAUAGGUAGACAUUUUGGGAAAGAGUCUUAUUUGCUUUCUUGCCACGAGAGUAUUGAUACCACUCUCAUAUCUGUCUGUUAAAUGUAAUAUGCAAUGCUAAAGCCAGAAGUAAGCUUAUCUUAGCAUAUAGGGGUGCACAGCUAGUCUGGCUCCCUCAUAUGGUAACAACAUACUGUAUGUCUAUUAGUACAAUUACAAUCUUGGAACUCACCGGCUUUUGGUCUGACGCGAAUAAGCCUCUGGUGGAAAGGCACUAUAUUUCUGGGAUUCCGGUGUAGCCCGCAGUUAUCUCAGCCUUUCUUUUUCCCUACGGUGCUCAUUGUUUACAUUCGGAAUAGCAACUUGAGAUGCGAGACUGGAGUUGAGCGAGAAGACGUGUAAAACCGGAUUGUUUCACAAGUAGCCAGUUUAACAAGAUAACUUUAAACUAAUAAAAAGCGAAAUCGUCUGAUUUGGUCUUUACACGGACUGUCCAUCUGUAUUUAGGGCUGGAUGAAAUGGCCAAAAACUUCUAUCGUGAUAAAGGUCCUUUCAUAUCUCUAUAAUGAUAUAUAUCAGGAUUUAGCAUGCUUUCUGGUAAUUCCAUAAAUAAAAAGUCUAUGUGAAAUAACCUCAAGGUAAAGCCUAUUUUCGUAUACUUCUUUUCUUAAUCAAGCACUUUCCAAAUAAAAAGUAUUAAGUAUUCUCAUUUCAAGAACUUAAAUGCAAAAUUAACAUUAAGUUUAUUUUUUUAUUAUUUCUAUAUGUACACUGUUUGUUAAUCGCAUUGAACUGAAUGGUAAUGGAUGUGUGAUGUAAAAACAAAAUCACAUUCUCUCAAAAUAUUUCAUGUUUCUGAGAAAUGUCAGUUUGUACGUGUUCAUCCUGAUACAACUCCAUUGAUAGAUGAUACAUGAUGAUAUUCAAUUCUUGCCCAAGCCUACCUGUAUUCAACCAACGCUGGCUCGAACAUAUGAAUGCAGAAUCUUUUUUAUAGAGAUAAGCACAUGAAAAACUCAUCAAUUAAAACGUUAUAUAUUGCUUGUACUUAAAAGUGAAAAUGCAAGAAAUUGUGGUUUCAUGCCAGGCUAGUUUCUUCCCCUUGUGCUAAGCUAAGCUAACGGUCUCCUGGCUGCAGCUUCAUGUUUAAUGAACAGAUAUGAGUGGUAUCUAUGUUCUUAUUUAACUCUCAUAAAUAAAGUGACUAAGCAUAGGCUAUUGCCCAAACGUUGGACUAUUCCUUUAAGCUGUUUGAUUAUGUAGUGAGUAGCUUACAGCUAUAUUUUUUUAUUUUGUGCUUAAAAAAAGAAAGGAAGCUCAAAUAUGGCUUUUAUUUAAAAAGAAAAAAGUAGCAUUAUGCAUUAAUCAUUGUCUUUGUAUCAAUGCAAGUAUUUGUGUAAUGAUUACUACAGAAGUAAAUUAUGGCUCUAAACAAUUUUACAAGCUUUUUAAUGUUUAGAAAUGACUGUACUGCUGUACUUCUGUCUUUUAUUUAUGUAAUUCAGUUACUCUGACGCCAACGAAUCUUCAGCUCAUUCCCACUGUGACUAGCAUUUUCUGCUGUCACCAAAAGCGGUUAGCUGCUGGAGUGUGUUUUUUAAGAGCAUGUGUUUCAUGUUAGCCGCCAUUUUCUAAUGUGAAUAUCUACUGCAUGCCUUGUUUAAUGACCACUUUCUGCAUAUUAUGGACUUUUAAAGAAUGUCAUGUGUUUCACUUAGGGCCUGUUCACAAUAAACUGUCCUGGUGAGACAGCAUGCUAUCCUAAAUAUUAACAUGUUAAGCUAUAGUUACUGUUUACUCAAACUAAGCUGUAAUAAAGUGUAUAUUUGAUGUUUUAUAUUAAAUCCAAUACAAAUAAAAUUGUUUUGCCGGA